AUGCUGCCUAGUGUUAGUUCUACAUGGAUUGAUAUAAAAAAAAAUUCAAAGUCGAGACUAGCAGACAGGAAAAAAUAUCAGUCUGGUACAGGGGGCGGUCUACCUCCAAGGCAUUUUGAUAAUGUCGAAGACAAAAUUAUGGAACAAAUUACUCCAGUUUGUGUCACUGGAAAUGAGAAUGUUCCAGACCCAUUUGUGUUGGAAGAAAUGCCUCAUAAGCUGGAUUAUGAUUACUGUGGUGAUUUGGAAGAAGACACAGAUAUGGCAAUUGAAGUUGGACAAGCUGAUGUUGCAAGCACAGAAUUAAAAGACAUAAAUGCUUCCCAAGCAACAAGUUUAGAGUCCUUAAAUCCUGUUUUAAAUACUGGCACAAGUGUCAAAAGACCACAUAAGAGAGUUAACAAAACAAUGCGCUUAACAGAAUCUAUAAAGAAUAAUAAAAGAUUUUUACAGCUAACCGAGGAGUCAAUGAAAAGUACAAAAAAUUAUCAGACUGAAAAGCUGAAAAUAUUGAAAUCGUACUAUGAAACCAAACCAAAUAUAGUUUUGCAAUGUUCGUACCUGUUAGAAUAA